AUGUAACGUCACUACGUGCACAACCAUUUUUAACGCAGUAUAUGUUAGUUUGGCUGUGUAUUUUGCCGCCUGAUGAGUCACAGAAGAGUAAUGAGCCCACAAAGAAAAUCAGCUGCAUUGUAUAGGUUCUCUGUGUACAUUAUACAUUGCCAGUAAUCAUUGGUUUGAAGAAUUUGUUUUUUUAUUUGUGAUUGAAAUCGAAGCCCAGUAUAUAAUUUACGGAUUAUCGCAGUAAAAAUUGUUUUAUAAUGGAAACCACAACCGUAAUAAUGAUGUGUGAAGUUGGGUAGUGAGUUAAAAUGAAUUUAACUGAUACACAAAGGAAAAUGAAUUUGUCAACAAAUAAUGAGAUUAACAGUAGUGCUGCUACAAGUGGUAGUACUGGUAAUAGCAGUGGGCACACACUGCCACGUACUUCUCAUGGCACUAGCAGACGAACAUCUACCAGGAGUGGGAAUGUUACACAGAAACAUUCAUUGUGUGCAUCUUCUACUUCCCAUGAUUCAACUGAGAAGUUUCUUCCGUCACCUUCUGGACCAGUAAUUCAGCAACUUAAGAACUUAUAUUGCUGCAAUAUCCCAGAUAACAUGAUGGACCGGAACCUCCUUCGUGCUCACUUCCAGCAGUUUGGCCAUGUUGUUAGAAUAUAUCUGUGUUUGAAGCGAAAAAGUUGUACUGUUCACUUUGAGAGCCACCUUGCUGCUGCGCUCGCUAAGCAGAAGGGCACAACAAUGAAGGGCUCGUUGUUAACUAUUUUCUGGAGCCAGCCAGCAAAGGGCCGAGGAAGAUCAAAGGAUCACGCCUCUACCUCACCAUCAGAUACUCCAGCAGAAUCAAGAAUAGUAUCUGAGGCGACGAUAAAAAUGUCCCGCAGCUCAGAAAGUGAUACUUUGCCAAAGCAAAGUACUGGAGAGAGCCAUCCAAGGCACAGAAUCUAUAAUGUAGAAAAAAGGAUCAGAACUGCGAGUUCUUCGGUACCAGACAGAAACAGAAUGAGAAUGCGACAUCUGCUUCACUCUAGAAAGCUUUGGACGUGA